GCCAGGCUGCAAAAAGACAUUUUUAACUGGACCCACUGUCCAUGCCUUUCACACAACAGUUUCCUCUUCCCAGGUCCCUCCUGCAGUUUUGACAUCUGAAGCUAAGUGUGAAAACGUAUUCAGAGAGAAUUUGUGCCAGUGUCCCCAGCGUCCUGAACCUCUUUCGAUCUUCAAAGCCACUUACGGAAGAGACCAAGAUGAAUGCUGAGCCUGAAAGGAGAUUUGGUGUGGUAGUGGUUGGUGUUGGCAGAGCUGGCGCCGUGAGGAUAAGGGACUUGAGGGAUCCACACUCAACAGCAUUCCUGAACCUGAUUGGUUUUGUGUCCAGACGAGAGCUCGGGAGCAUUGAUGAUAUACAGCAGAUUUCUUUGGAAGAUGCUCUGUGUAGCCAAGAGACUGAGGUCGCCUACAUCUGUAGUGAGAGUUCCAGCCAUGAAGACUAUAUAAGGCAGUUUCUUCAGGCUGGGAAGCAUGUCCUCGUGGAAUUCCCCAUGACACUGUCUUUUACAGCGGCCCAGGAUCUGUGGGAGCUGGCUGCACAGAAAGGGAGAGUCCUGCAUGAGGAGCAUGUGGAACUCUUGAUGGAAGAAUUUGCAUUCCUGAGAAAGGAAGUGACUGGGAAGGAGUUGCUGAAAGGAUCUCUUCACUUCACAGCUAGCCCACUGGAAGAAGAGAGAUUUGGCUUCCCUGCAUUCAGUGGCAUUUCUCGCUUGACCUGGCUGGUCUGCCUCUUUGGGGAGCUUUCUCUUAUUUCUGCCACCUUGGAAGACCGAAAAGAAGAUCAGUAUCUGAAAAUGACUGUGCAGCUUGAGACCCACAACAAGGGUCUGUUGUGCUGGAUUGAAGAGAAAGGGCCCGGUUUGAAAAGAAACAGAUACUUAAGCUUCCAAUUCAAAUCUGGAUCCCUGGAUAAUGUGCCAAAUGUAGGGGUCGAUAAGAACAUUUUUCUGAAAGAUCAGGAUAUAUUUAUUCAGAAGCUCUUGGGCCAGGUCUCUGCAGAGGACCUGGCUGCUGAGAGGAAACGCAUCAUGCACUGCCUGGGCCUGGCUGAAGACAUCCAGAAGCUCUGCCGCCCUAAGAAGUGAGGACGGAGCUGCGAGACCUCUGAGAAGGGCCAGGGUUUGGUUUUAUCAACAGUCCGUCUGUAGCUCUUACAAUUAAACACAUUGGGUAAACAGGA